CGUCUGGAGCGGUGCGCCCCCCCAGACCCGGCCAGCCAGAGCAGUGCCCCCCUACCCUCGGAGGACCGUCCGGAGCGGUGCCCCCCCCCCCCCGAGACCCGGCCAGCCGGAGCAGUGCCUCCCCAUCCCCCGGGGACUGUCCGGAGCAAUGCCCUCCCUCGCCCCGGACCCGGCCAGCCGGAGCAGUGCCCCCUCAUCCCCGGGGGACCAUCCAGAGCAGUGCCCCUCCCCAGACCCGGCCAGCUGGAGCAGUGCCCCCCCCCAUCCCCGGGACCGUCCGGAGCAGUGCCUCCCACCUAAUACAUGGCCAACUGGAGCGGUGCCUCCCCUAUCGCUGGGGGGGCCAUCCGGAGCAGUGCCUCCCCCAUCGUUGCAGGGACCGUCCGGAGCAGUGCCCCCCCCCAGACCCGGCCAGCUGGAGCAGUGCCCCCCCAUUGUUGGGGGGAGCCGUCUGGAUCUGUGCCCCCCCCAUCAUUGGGGGGACCGUCUGGAGUAGUGCCCCCCCAUUCCCGGGGGAGCUGUCCAGAGCAGUGUACACCCCCCACUGGCAUAGACCCGGCCAGCCCGGAGCGGUGCCCCCCAUCCCCAGCAGAGCUGUCUGGAGCAGUGCACCUCUACCUCUGUGGGAACCUGCCCCUGGCAUCGACCCAGUCUGCCUGGAGCAGUGCCUCCCACCUCUGUGGCGACCCCCGCACCAUAGACCCUGUUGGGAUGGAGCAGUACCCCCUCAUCCCCAGGAGAACCAUCUGGAGCAGUGUCCCCCAACCUGGGGGAACCCCCCACAGAGACCCAGCCUACCCAGAGCAGUACCCCGCUCCCCUAGGGAAGCCCCCCUGAACCCAGCCUGCCCAGAGCAGAAGCCCCCCCAUAGAUCUGGCCUGCCUGGAGCAGUGCCCCUCCCCACUCAUGGGGAACCCUCCCAGAGACCUGGCCUGCCUGGAGCAGUGCCCCCCCCCCAGGAGAACCCCUCCAAGACCUGGCUCACCUGGAGUACUGCCCCCCAACCCUGGGGACCCGCCCCCAGACUUGGUCCACCUUGGAAGACCUCCCACCCCCUGCAUGUCCCCCUAGAGAUCUGGCCUGGUACAGUGCCCACCCCCUGGAGAUCCUCCAUCAGAGACCCGGACUGUGUGGUGCAGUGCCCCCAGAACUGCUUAGGAGACCCAGCUUGCCUGGAGCAGUGCUACCCAGGGAGCCCCCCACCCUGGGAACCCCCCCAGAGAGACCCUGCCCACCUGGAACAAUGCCUCUCUGGGAACUUCCCCUCACCCGUGUUCCCUGUUGGGAGACCCCAGGGCUAGGAAGACCCUUUCCUCUCCUGGGACAGCCCAGCCCUGAGGGCCAGGGAGACUCCAUCCCCUUCUGGGAGACCCAGCCCGCAGGGAGAUCCUGCUCCUGCUCCUGUAUGCCCUAAGGAGACCCCCUAUCUCCAAAUUCCCCUUCCUGAGAGACCCAGCCUUCAGGACUCAGGGGAUUCCUCGUGCCCCUCCUACUGAUUAACCCAGUCUCCUCCUCUGGGGAGUUCCUGUCUCUAAUGAGACCUCACCCCACCCUCUCUUCCUAAGAGAACCCCCCCAGGCUCAGGGAGCAGGACUUGCCCUCUGGAGAUGCACCUUCCCUCUCCCUGUAGGGCUGGGAGCCCGCUCCCUUUCAAGCCCCUCAAAAAUAAAUGUGGAUCUUUCAUUCAUCACUCUGUGACAUUGGUGCAUUAUGUGCUGUAGGUGGCAGUGUGAAUCAGGAAUGGAUAAUCAGACAGUGCUGGCUGUUCAGUCCCUGCUGGAUGGUCAGGGAGCAGUUACAGAUCCAUCUGGUCAAAAUGUCAGCACCUCCACCACCAUUCAGUCCAUGGAUGACGAGGACGUGUUCUUGUGUGGGAAGUGUAAGAAGCAGUUCAACUCGCUGCCGGUGUUCAUGACCCACAAGAGGGAGCAAUGCCAAGGAAACACCCCUUCACUGGCCACUGUCUCAUUGGCUACCAACAGCGUGUACACUCCGUCCAUCACAUCCGUGCAGCAGGCUCAGAGUGCCAAUCGGCAGCAAAUUUCCACAUACAUCACGGUUCCUCCAUCUCCGCUGAUCCAGACGCUAGUGCAGGGGAAUAUCUUAGUCAGCGAUGAGGUGCUGAUGUCAGCCAUGUCCGCAUUUACAUCCCUGGACCAACCAAUGCCCACGGUGCAGCCCUCCGUGCAGAGCACCUUGAGUAUGCACACGGGAGCUGGAUACCUUUCCCAGCCCCCACCUCCUCCGCCACCCCCACCUCCUCCUCCACCUCAACCCCCACCUCCUCCCGCUCAGACACUGGGAGCACCGGGACAGCCUAGCACUGGUGGCAGCAGGGUGGUGGAAGUGUACAGCGCACCUGCUCCUAUGGCAGGAAAUGGCACAGUGGAGAUACAGACGCUGGGGAUGCAGCCCUAUCCGCCCAUAGAGGUGCCAAGCCAGUGUGUGGAAAGUCCUGUGUAUCCCUCCCCUCCAGUGUACAGCCCAGGGAAGCAGGGCUUCAAAUCCAAAAGCACUAACACUGCUGCUCCUUUGACCAAUGCGGCUGGAGGAAACGUGGCCGGUUUUGAUUCCACCUCGACCUCCAAAAAUAGGCGUUCCAAAAAUGACAGUGGGCUGCAAGAAGGGAAACCUAAGUCCCCCAAACUGAAGUGCACUUAUUGUGACAAGGCCUUCACCAAGAACUUUGACUUGCAGCAACACAUCAGAAGCCACACAGGGGAGAAGCCGUUCCAGUGCAUCGUGUGCGGCCGAGCCUUCGCGCAGAAGUCCAACGUGAAGAAGCACAUGCAGACCCAUAAAGUGUGGCCUCCGGGGCUCGGGUGCACCAUCUCCCGCAACUCCAUCACAGUGCAGGUCAUGGCACUGAACCCCAACCAGCAGGAGGAUGAGGAGAAUGCAGGCUUAAGCCAGGCCUCCAGGAACUCUCCCCAGCAGCCUCAGGCCAUGGCCCCCACAGAAGAGAGCGAGGUUGGCAAACUGGAAGCCAGGCAGGUUGUCCUGAUCGAUAGCUCUUACCAGUGCCAGUUCUGCCCCAGCAAGUUCAGCACCUACUUCCAGCUCAAAUCACACAUGACGCAGCACAAGAACGAACAGGUGUACAAGUGUGUGGUGAAAAGCUGCGCUCAGACAUUCCAGAAGCUAGAGUCCUUUCUAGAGCACAUCAAGAACCACCAAGAGGAGCUGAGCUAUCGCUGCCACCUGUGCAGCAAGGACUUCCCCUCCCUAUAUGAACUGAGCGUCCACCAGUACUCCCACAGCCUGCUGCCCCAGCACAGCCCCAAGAAGGACGUGGCCGUGUACAAGUGUGUCAAGUGUGUAAAUAAAUAUUCCACCCCAGAAGCGCUGGAGCACCAUCUGCAGACGGCAACGCACAACUUCCCCUGCUCUCACUGCCAGAAGGUGUUCCCCUGUGAGAGGUACCUGCGACGGCACCUCCCCACGCAUGGAGGAGGGGGCAAAUUCAAGUGCCAGAUCUGUAAGAAAUUCUUCCGCCGGGAGCACUACCUCAAGCUGCAUGCCCAUAUUCACUCAGGUGAAAAGCCCUUUAAGUGCUCUGUAUGCGACGCAGCCUUCAACCGGAAAGAUAAACUGAAGCGACACAUGCUGAUCCAUGAGCCUUUCAAGAAGUACAAAUGUCCCUUCUCAAGCCACACAGGCUGUAAUAAAGAGUUCAACAGGCCAGACAAGCUGAAAGCUCAUAUACUCUCCCAUUCGGGAAUGAAGAUCCAUAAGUGCCAGUACUGUAGCAAGUCCUUCAGUCGGCGGGCCCACAUGGUGGAACAUCAGCGCUCGCACACUGGAAACUACAAGUACCGCUGCCCCACCUGCAGCAAGGGCUUCACACGCCAGAAGUAUAUGAAGGACCACAAGUGCAGGCUGAACUCACCCAUGGACAAAGAGCUUCAGAUCAGGAAGGCCCAGAAGAAGCGGGGAGCUCGGCGGAAGGUGGGCCUUCCUCUUCCCAGCCAGCUGGCCCUGGCAGAGCUGAAGGACAGUGCAGAGGGGUUGAACCCCCGGGAGAGUGGCCCCAACAAAGAACAGUUUCCGGAAUCAGACGCAGUCCUGUCCAUUGUGGUUGGUGGGUCGACAGCUGCAGAUUCGGACCUUGUAGUCCCUGGCCAGCCCAGCAGCAUCGCGUCCAGUCUUGCCCUGGCAGAGUUGCAGACUGGCACAGAUGUGCCGUGCGCCAUGCUGGCUGUCCCUGUUUACAUUCAGACUACGGACGGAUAAAAUUGUGACCUGUGUGUGCUUGGUGAGUGGUAGGGGAUCUGCAUUUUCUUCACCCACUGCUGGGGUUGCCAGACUCAUGGUGAGAUGGGAUGAAGUGUCUGGAUCACAGUGAUACAGAGACCAAAACUCUUAGUGAUGGAGAUGGGUAGGGAAGACAAUGACUUUCAUCUCCACCUACCGAGGUACAUGACUCCAUAGAAGCCAGUGAUGGCCAGCAGGUCCAGAGGGGAAUGGUUACAUUUUCUUGUCUCCGUUCAGCAUGUGACGAUGCGGGGGAGGGAUGACAAGGAACCCUGAAUCAGGGUGGGAAGAACGUUAGAGACCAUGAGCAGAAAGCUUUGCAAAGCACUGUCUGCCCCAUUCAUGUUUUUAUUGUAAAAUCCGUAUUAUUGCCCCAUAUAUGGGGAGAGGUGUGUCCUAUUGCAAAUACAUGAUCCUUCCUACUGGAAGCAAGUGCAUCCUGAUAUCCUUUGGGAACAUUGUUCAUAAAUACCCUAAUAGACACUG